AUGGACGAAACUUGGUCAACGGCACGCCGGCUGGUCGAAGAGCGGCGAGCUCAAGGAGAAAAACGUAACUACAUUAUCGACGGCCUGCUCGACGAGUACGAGCAGAAGGGUUGGCCAGCCUCUAUAAGCCAGCAUGCUUUUACAAAUCUUAUGGGUGAGAUCAUCGAGGGCGGCGCCGACACCACUGCGGCCCAGCUUCUGACGCUGAUUCUCGCCUUUGCCCUCCAUCCCGAAAUUCAGCAGAAGGCACAAGUCGAGAUCGAUGAGGUUUGCGGGAAUGACGAGUACAACGGCAUGUUCAUACCGAAAGACUCUACAGUCUUCAUCGCAACGUGGGCUCUACACCAUACCGACGCAAAUUACCCCGGUCAUGAUACGUUCAAUCCAGAUCGCUACUUGAAUCACCCCAAGCUGGCCAACGACUAUGCCGGUAGCCCUGAGUGGAGCAACCGAGACCAUUACAACUACGGCGCCGGUCGUCGGAUUUGUCCCGGCAUUCAUCUCGCUGAGCGCAACAUGUGGCGCAUCGCGGCUAAAUUACUGUGGGCAUUCGACUUCGCGGAACCCCUUGAUCCAGAGACGGGUAAAGUUACGCCCUUGGACGCAAAUGCGUAUAACCCUGGGAUUCUACAAGCGCCUUUGGAGUUUAAGGCCCGUAUUACGCCGAGGAGUGAAGCACACGUCGCUACAAUUAGGAGAGAGCACACAGACGCCGAAAGGUUCUUGGCUCAGUACGCUUGA